UUUCUUUUCUUCCAUUUUUAAAAUUUAAUUCGAAUUCUUUUGUUUCCCUUAAAUUUUAGGGUUUAGUAAAAGGAGCAUUUUCUACACACAGCGCUCCUCUUCUAGAAUUAAUUUUCCCUUCCUUUCCCGCUGAAUUUCUUUCUCCCCAAACAAGCCCCAUAAAAUAGAAAUUCAGCUUCCAAUUCCCUUUCUUAAUUAUCCAAUGCAACUCUCAAAUUCCACAGAAUCAAAUUCAAUUUCCAAUGAAAAUCUCGAUAGCUCAGCAUCCCCAAACCCCCCAACGAAAUCAAAUUCGCCAAACCCUAAUUCUUCAUUUUCGAAUGAUAAUGAAGAUGAGGGAAACAGCAAUGAAAGAGAUACUGAUUACGAUGUUUAUGACGGCCAUGAUGAAUUGGUUCUUGAUGUUGCAGGAAAAAACUUGGAUUUCGAAGAUUUAUUAGCGAAAGCUGAUGAUGAUGGUGUGGAGGGUUUAUAUUUGUAUAAUAAUGUGUUUAGUUUGGUUCCGAAAUCUGUCGGGAGGUUAGAGAAACUGAGAACGUUUAAGUUUUUCGGAAAUGAAGUGAAUUUGUUUCCAGUUGAAUUUGGGAAUUUGUUGGGAUUGGAACGAUUACAAGUCAAAGUAUCGUGGCCGGGGCUUAACGGGUUAGCUUUGAAUAAAUUGAAAGGGUUAAAGGAGCUUGAGCUUUCUAAACUUCCGCCUAGACCCUCUGUUUUCACAAUUUUGAGUGAGAUUGCUGGGCUCAAGUGCUUGACUAAACUCUCUGUUUGUCAUUUUUCUAUUAGAUACCUCCCUCCAGAAAUUGGCUGCUUAAAUAAGUUGGAAUAUUUGGACAUUUCAUUCAACAAGAUAAAAAGUUUGCCUAUUGAAAUCAGUCACUUAAGUGCCUUGAUAUCACUGAAAGUUGCUAAUAAUAGAUUAAUGGAACUGCCCUCAGCAUUGUCCUUGUUGCAGAGAUUAGAGCACUUGGACUUGUCAAAUAACAGAUUAACGUCUUUGGGGUCCCUUCAACUUGAUUUAAUGCACACACUUCAGUGCUUAGAUCUUCAGCACAACAAGCUUCUUAGUUGUUGUCAAAUACCUGCAUGGGUACGUUGCAAUAUAGAAGGAAAUGGCGAGGACUUUCAAAAUGAUGAUAUCAUCAGUUCUGUUGAAAUGGAUGUAUAUGAAACCUCCAUUCAGUCUGACUAUACAAAUGCAUCUUGUAAUGGAAUUGACAGAGGUUCUCAGAAUUCCAUUUCAAAUCCACUGACUGCAUCACCACCAAAUAGCAAAUGCUUUGCAGCACGUAGAUCGAAUAAGCGGUGGAAACGUCGGCAUUAUUUGCAACAGAGAGCUCGCCAAGAACGUUUAAACAACAGUAGGAAAUGGAAGGGUGAAGGACGUGCUGAAUCAUUGACUCCAAAGGAAAGUGAAAGUUGCAAACUAAAAAUCCUUGAUCUGCUGCCUUGUGGAACUUGCGAAGAAGUUACAUCAGAGAUCAUAGCUGAUGGUGAUGAGGAAGAUAAAGCAGUACUUCAAGGUGAAGUUGAAGCUGAAAAGUCACUUGUUAGUGGUGAGGGUGAUAGAAAAAAAUCUAAAAAGGAUAUUUACACAGAAAAUUGCUCCCAUGACCCUGAAUCUAUAAGUAAAGGCAAGAAAGACGAAUGUUAUGUGCAUAAAAAAUCUUUAGUUUUGACCCAAAAUGGAUUAAGCGGAGAAGAUGAGUGUUCAUCUUCAGAAAAAUCAAAAGUCAAUGUCAAGUCAAAGAGGCAUUCUGAUGGGGCUCUUGAUAAUCCAAAACCAUGCAAGAGUCAAAGACCAACAGAAGAUAGCUUGAGUUUAUCUCGCAAGUACAGUGACCUAUCAUUGUGUAGCAUUGAGGACCAUCUUCCUGAUGGAUUUUAUGAUGCAGGGCGUGACCGGCCUUUCAUGCCUCUCGAGAACUACGAACAAAUUUUGCAUCUCGAUUCACGUGAAGUCAUUCUUCUGGACAGGGAGAAGGAUGAAAAGUUAGAUGCAACGGUUCUAUCUGCGCAGGCUUUGGUUUGCCGAUUGAAGCGGUUAAAUGGGUUUUUCAAGGAGGGGAAUAAGGUUGCUGUUGAUAACUUGCACUUUGCGUCACUGCUUGCACUUUUUGUGUCCGAUCAUUUUGGAGGCAGUGACAGAAGUUAUUCUGUUGAAAGGACACGCAGAGCAGUAUCUGGUUCUAACUAUAAGAAGCCAUUUGUUUGCACCUGUUCAACAGGAAAUGAUGAAAGUAUUAAUACUUCACCUGAACAGAGUUUAGGCAGUGGAGAAGAUAUUAUUUUUUCUGACCUCUGUGAGAAAUCUUUACGCUCUGUUAAAGCAAGAAGAAAUUCUAUAGUAGUUCCUUUAGGGAAUUUGCAGUUUGGCGUAUGCAGGCACAGAGCUUUGCUAUUUAAGUAUCUAUGCGAUCGAAUGGAUCCACGAAUACCUUGCGAACUUGUCAGGGGUUACCUGGACUUUGUACCACAUGCCUGGAAUACCAUUUUUGUCAAAUCAGGUGAUUCAUGGGUUCGUAUGUUGGUCGAUGCAUGCCGUCCCCAUGAUAUAAGAGAAGAAACUGAUCCAGAGUAUUUUAGCAGGUACAUUCCACUCAGUCAUACUAGAGUUCCUCUAUCAACAGAGAGCAUUCCCGGUCCUGAUUCUUCCAUAACUCAUUUCCCAACUUACGAUGAAUUAGAAAAGACAGUCCUCAGUACUGUCAUUCAAUGCAAACUUGAAUCAGUUGAAGCUGCAGCAAAGGUACGCAGUCUGAACAUUUGUGACACUCCAGCAGAUGAAAUUAGGAACUUUGAAUACAGUUGCAUUGGAGAGGUACGAAUUCUUCGUGCUUUGCGACAUCCCUGUAUAGUUGAAUUGUAUGGACAUCAGAUUUCUUCAAAGUGGAUUCAUUCAGGAGAUGGCAAAGCAAAGCGCCAGAUAUUACAGUCUGCAAUUUUUAUGGAAAAUGUUAAAGGAGGCUCUUUAAAGAAUUACAUAGAGAAGAUGUCAAAAACCGGUAAAAAGCAUGUGCCUCUGGAACUGGCGCUGUGUAUUGCUCGUGAUAUUUCAUGUGCAUUGGCAGAGCUGCAUUCGAAGCACAUCAUUCACCGUGAUGUGAAAAGUGAAAAUAUAUUGAUAGAUUUUAAUAAAAGAACUGAUGGAUUGCCAGUUGUCAAACUCUGUGAUUUUGAUAGAGCUGUACCUUUAAGGUCAUUCUUGCAUACGUGUUGUAUUGCUCAUAAUGGAGUACCACCUCCUGAUGUUUGUGUUGGCACACCCCGCUGGAUGGCUCCAGAGGUUCUGCGGGCAAUGCAUAAACGUAAUCUGUAUGGUCUGGAAGUUGAUAUUUGGUCAUUUGGAUGCCUGCUUUUGGAAUUAUUGACUUUGCAUAUUCCAUAUUCUGGCUUAUCUGAAUUCCACAUCAACGAGCUUCUUCAGACGGGUCAGCGACCUCCACUAACUAGCGAGUUAGAGUCAUUGGUAUCAAUGAAUGACCCGGCAGCAAUUCAGUCUUGCUCAGAUUUGGGAGGACCUGAGGCCGAGUCAGAAGCACUGAGAUUCCUUGUUGAUUUGUUCCGUCGGUGUACGGAAGCGAAUCCAGCUAGCCGUCCAACAGCGGAAGAAAUACAUAAACUGUUGCUUGCACAAACAUUCACUUCUACCAGUUCAAGGAGCUAAGAACAGGGGUUUUCGCGCAGCUCAAGCUUACUUACUAAGCAAACGCCCUGGGAUCAGUCCUUUAACCUUUAGGUAAUAAUUCAACUCGCGGGUUUAAUUUUUUUGUAGCUCUUAGGAUGUUACUUGAUAAGUUUUGGGCAUUUUCUUGUUUAGCUGUAAUACCAUGUCUGUAACUGUAGGGUUAGAAUUAGCAUCAUGUGUAUGAUCGAUAUAUAUCCAUGAGUUAGACACAGAUUCGGCUCUUAUUGCUUAUGUAAUUUAUUUGAGAUCUGUAAUUUUAGUAGGUCGUAGUGUUUUUAGCUGUGGUGUCCGUGUCUCACAUGUAUCUGUGUAAUGUAACUGAUGUGUAAGUUGUCCUAUUUAAAUUCAUAAACUUCCUCAGUUCAAAAAAUUUAAAAAUUAAAGUUACCCAAUUUUGUUUCUGUAA